AAGCGCGGCUUGUAGCCUUUUCCCUCCGUCGGGGGGGACAAGUGGGGCUGCACCUGCGCGCGGGGCUCCCCGCUUGGCCACCCCUUCGCCAGCGCCCACCCCCGCGCGGCCUGUCGGAUCAGGCAGGGUAGAGCCGGUCUCGUCGCCGUCCCCGCCCCUGGGUCGGACGCUGGCCGGGGCUGGCCGGGCCUGGUCUCUGGUGUCUCCGGCCGGGCCUCGGUUCCCCUCCUCCCCCGGUUCCCCCGGCCGGGUCGAGCGCCCCUCGCGCGCCCAUUGUGAGGUCAGGUCCUGCGGGCGCGCCCUGGCACCCGGGCCGAGACGCCUGGAGCGGCUGCUGCAGCCAGUAGCGGCCCCUUCACCGCCGGCCCCUUCACCGGCUGCCCCUCUCAGACCUAGUCGGGAGGGGUGCGAGGGAUGCAGCUGGGGGCCCAGCUCCGGGGCCGCACCCCGUAAAGGGCUGAUCUUCCAUCGCGCCACCUCAGCCACGGGACGCCAAGACCGCAGCCAGUUCAGACCUCUUCUGGUGCUUGUGAAACUGAACACAACAAAAGUAUGGAUAUGGGAAACCAACAUCCUUCUAUUAGUAGGCUUCAGGAAAUCCAGAAGGAAGUAAAAAGUGUAGAACAGCAAGUCGUCGGCUUCAGUGGUCUGUCAGAUGACAAGAAUUACAAGAAACUGGAGAGGAUUCUAACAAAACAACUUUUUGAAAUAGACUCUGUAGAUACUGAAGGAAAAGGAGAUAUUCAGCAAGCUAGGAAGAGGGCAGCACAGGAGACAGAACGUCUUCUCAAAGAGUUGGAACAGAAUGCAAACCACCCACACCGGAUUGAAAUACAGAACAUUUUUGAGGAAGCCCAGUCCCUCGUGAGAGAGAAAAUUGUGCCAUUUUAUAAUGGAGGCAACUGCGUAACUGAUGAGUUUGAAGAAGGUAUCCAAGAUAUCAUUCUGAGGCUGACACAUGUUAAAACUGGAGGAAAAAUCUCCUUGCGGAAAGCAAGGUAUCACACUUUAACCAAAAUCUGUGCGGUGCAAGAGAUAAUCGAAGACUGCAUGAAAAAGCAGCCUUCCCUGCCGCUUUCCGAGGAUGCACAUCCUUCCGUUGCCAAAAUCAACUUUGUGAUGUGUGAGGUGAACAAGGCCCGAGGGGUCCUGAUUGCACUUCUGAUGGGCGUGAACAACAGUGAGACCUGCAGGCACUUAUCCUGUGUGCUUUCGGGGCUGAUCGCUGACCUGGAUGCUCUAGAUGUGUGCGGCCGGACAGAAAUCAGAAAUUAUCGGAGGGAGGUAGUAGAAGAUAUCAACAAAUUAUUGAAAUAUCUGGAUUUGGAAGAGGAAGCAGACACGACUAAAGCAUUUGACCUGAGACAGAAUCAUUCCAUCUUAAAAAUAGAAAAGGUCCUCAAGAGAAUGAGAGAAAUAAAAAACGAACUUCUCCAAGCACAAAACCCUCCUGAAUUGUACCUGAGCUCCAAAACAGAAUUGCAGGGUUUAAUUGGACAGUUGGAUGAGGUAAGUCUUGAAAAAAACCCCUGCAUCCGGGAAGCCAGGAGAAGAGCAGUGAUCGAGGUGCAAACUCUGAUCACAUAUAUUGACUUGAAGGAGGCCCUUGAGAAAAGAAAGCUGUUUGCUUGUGAGGAGCACCCAUCCCAUAAAGCCAUCUGGAACGUCCUUGGAAAUUUGUCUGAGAUCCAGGGAGAAGUUCUUUCAUUUGAUGGAAAUCGAACCGAUAAGAACUACAUCCGGCUGGAAGAGCUGCUCACCAAGCAGCUGCUAGCGCUGGAUGCUGUUGAUCCGCAGGGAGAAGAGAAGUGUAAGGCUGCCAGGAAACAGGCUGUGAAGCUUGCCCAGAAUAUUCUCAGCUAUCUCGACCUGAAAUCCGAUGAAUGGGAGUACUGAAAUACCAGAGAUCACACUUUUGAUACUGUUUUGCACUUCAUAUGUGCUUCUGUGUAUAGAGAGCUUUCAGUUCAUUGAUUUAUACGUGCAUAUUUCAGUCUCAGUAUUUAUGAUUGAAGCAAAUUCUAUUCAGUAUCUGCUGCUUUUGAUGUAAGACAAAUAUCAUUACAGCACAUUAACUUUUCCAUUCGGAUCAUUAUCUGUAUGAUGUGGUGUGGUUUGUUUGGUUUGUCCUUUUUUUCUUUGCGUUUUUAAUCAGAAAACGAAAUAGAAGCAGCUUUUGUAAACUUUAAAUGGGUUGUGCAAGCAUUAAAAUGCAGGUCUUUCAGAAUCUAGCACUAGGUAUAACCUUACGUAAUACUAGGAAAAUUAUGAGAAAGGGGAAAUUUUGGGUUACAUAAGAGUAAGGUUCAAACACAAGCAGUACAUGUUCUGUUUCAUUAUGCUCAAUAGAAGGCUUUUUUUUUUCACUUAUAAGGCCUGAUUGGUCCUACCCAGCUUAAUGAGGUGGGGUUUUUUUGUUUGUUCAGACAGUCUGUUCUUUUGUAAACAUUUUUAGUUGGAAAAACAGCAUCUGCAUUUUCCCCAUCCUCUACAUUUUAGAGAGAGGAAUCUUGUUUUCGUGUGCAACAUAAGAAAAUUAUGAAAACUAAUAGCCAAAAAACCUUUGAGAUUGCAUUAAAGAGAAGGGAUAAAGGACCAGCAAUAAUACCUUGUAAGUUGCUUUUGUUUGUAAAAUCUGAACUUAGUUUUCCUUAGUGAGUAAUUCAUGAGGAUGGGAACAUUUAAAUGAAGUUAAUGGGCCUUUAAAAAAAAAAAAAAAGGAAACACCCAUCCCUGUAGUUGGAGGAUGAAGACCAGAGAUGGGUGACCAAUGUCAGGUUAUACUAAAACUAAGUCAAAAAGUCUGAAUGUAGCAUGUAAUGGUUCUCUUCUGUUGUCCAAGGCUGUAAAAUGGAUAGCCUUGUCACACCUCCCCGGUGCUGUUUUACAACGUGAGGGUAGAUGCUGUCAGUAACCCAGAGGGACCAGGCCUUCCUAGGUUUUCCUAGGCAGUCAGCUGUUAACCACUCACAUAGUAAGUAUUAUAACUACACCUGCUCCAGGACUAAUUAGUGAAACCUGCUUGGAAUUAAAGGCUUCCUCUGGGUGCCUGCUGAUCAACUGAGCUCAUGUUACGGGCAUGUGGUGGUUUCUCUGUUGCCAGAAAGAGCCAUUAAAGUCAGUCGUGCAUGAAGCA